GACCAUUGCGCACCACUAGACCUUUGCCCUUGCUUGCCGAAAGACACAGAGAGAGAGAGAGAUGGAGGAUGUGUGGAGUGCUGUGAGAUGGUGGGACAGCUGGCAGCUGCGCAUCCUCGUCCUCGGCAGCCUCGGCAUUCAGUGGUUUCUUCUGGUGGCUGCCCCCAUGCGCAAGUACACCGUCCGGCGCUGCUUCAGGCUAUGCAUAUGGCUUGCAUACAUUAGCAGCGAUGCUCUGGCCAUCUAUGCGCUCGCCACCCUCUUCAACCGUCACGCCAGGGCGACCGGCAGCAGCAGCUGUGAUUGCAUUGCGAACAAUAAUAAGGCGAGGAUCCUGGAGGUCCUAUGGGCUCCUGUCCUGCUCAUCCAUCUCGGCGGGCAGGAGGAGCUGACUGCCUACACCAUCGAAGACAACGAGCUGUGGACAAGGCACACCGUGACGCUGGUGUCCCAGGUCGCGGUUGCCCUGUACGCCUUCUACAAGUCGUGGCCUAACCCCAGCGACUGGAAGCUACUGGCGUCGGCGAUCCUGCUCUUCAUCAUCGGGGUCAUCAGUUUCAGCGAGAAGCCAUGGGCCCUCAAGAAAGCCAGCAUCAAUAGGCUGGCGUCCGUGUCGGCGACGAUACAAGGAACGCAGGAGCGUACAAGACUGGCGGUGUACCUGGACGACCUUUUGUUCUCCGACUGGUACAGCUGCUCCACCACCACCAAGUCCGGCGAGAAGCUUAGUAGCCUGCUGCCUGCAGGUGUGGGUUGGCACAACUGCUUCACCUUCACCGAGUCGAGCAAGAAGAAGCAGCCGCCGGAGCAGGCGGCGGGUGAGGAGGAUAAUGUGCGCUUGUCGGCGGCAGAUAAAGUCUAUAUGGUGCUCUCGGACAUGUCGCUGUCAGCUGCUGCCGACGACCUUGUGCAGCGGCGCAGAGCUCGAAAUGUCCAGGAUGUUCUUCGGCCUCUGAGCCCCAAGGCGGAGGAGCUGAAGCGCUGGCUGCGUGGCGCGUUUGGGCUCAUCUACACCAGAGCUAAUUUGGUUUUCACUCGCACAUACCUGGUCUACCAUGUGCUGGUGGUGCCGAUCCUGCACACCGCCGCCCUGACGCUGUUUGUGACGAGCCACAAGGAUGGGUACGACCGCACCGACGUGAAGAUCACGUACAUCCUCCUGUGCCUCACCGCUGCGCUGGAUUUUUUCGCGGUGUUCAUCCGCCAGCUGCUGUACCGGGCCAUGUCCGCAAGAAGCGUCCCGGCCUUGUGCGAGACGGUGCCAGGCUACAACCUCGUGGACGCGGUUCUCCGGCGGAGGAACAAGGACAUUGGGUGCCUGCUGCUCAAGUGCGCCACCAGCAUGGACUGCGAGGAGGAGUAUCUCGAGUACUGCAAGUGCGGAGGCUGCUGCGGCGGCGGUCGAGACUACACAUUGUACAAGAAUGUGUCGGAGAUGGUCCUUGCAGAUCUGGUGGAUAUUCCACCGGGCCGCGACCUUACCAAUUACAGGGUCUUCACGGUGCCACAGCCACACGGAUCAGGCGGCAAUGUCGAGACAACAAUGCCGCAGCAGAGGCAGAUCAGCAGCCGCCCGCCGGGCGCGGCCAACUGGGCUCUAAGUGAGGAGCAGCAGAUGGUGUGCGGCCCCGAGGUACGGCACGCCCUGCGUGGGUCGUUCGACAGGAGCGUCCUCGUCUGGCACAUCGCCACCGACCUCUGCUUCCGCUUGGAAGGUCGUCCUCCCGCCAACAGCGAGCAAGACUCACACUGGCUACGCAUCAAGUGCACGGAAGCAAUAUCCAGCUACAUGGCUCGGCUGCUGAAUUUCCACCCGGACAUGCUGCUCACCGGCAGCAGGCGGCACCUGGUCAGUGAAGCCAUGGAUGAGUUCAAGUCCAUCUUGGACCGCACCAUGGUAGAUAACAGCGGCCAGCCACUCAGCGAAGACGACCUGACCAAGAUCAUCGACAUCGGUAUUGAAGCUCAAUACAAGGAGGUGCCCAUCGACAUCGAUAACGAAGUUGAAUACAAGGAGGUGCCCAUCGACAUCGAUAACGAAGCUGAAUACAAGGAGGUAAAAUCUUUCUUCCACAUCCCCAAGGCAUGCAGUCUUGCAAAGGAGCUGCGGAACCUUGACCCGUCCACGCGCUGGAAGGUGAUGUACCGGGUGUGGCUGGGCAUGCUCUUCUACUCCGCCAGCAUGUGCAGGGGCUACCUGCACGCUAAGAGCUUGGGUGAAGGUGGUGAGUUCCUCUCCUACGUCUGGCUCGUCCUCUCGCUCAAGGGUGCCAAAACCCUGGCCGACAAGCUUCAGAUGCUGGAGGGAGGCGACGAGGAACCAGCGCAACACCCAGAUCGACGACUUGAGAUGCUGGAGGGAGACCACGGGGUACCAGCGCCAGAUGGUUUGGAAAUUAAUUAAAUCCUCCAGAAGCUUCAAUUCUAUCUCCGAUGCCAUGAGUUUAUAUAUCAAGUCUACUGUUUGUUUGUGUUUUUAAUUUCCACUCCAGCUAGCGUUCUCCGAUAUGAUACAACUACUGGCCGGUUUGUUUAGUUUGUUGCCUUCCUUGUAUGGGCGUUCGCCUGCGGCUUAAUAAGCUCAGCCCCUGACUCUGAUUCAGUGUGUUUAAUUUGUUGUCGUCUUGUGCGA